ACUCCAUCAACUAAACACAUCAACAACAUCAUUUCCAAUAUCUUCAUAAUGUCUUCAUUUUCUUCUAUCAUCCAUUUCUUCCUCCUAUCAUUACCCCUUUUGUCAAUUUCUUGCUUAUCAUUAUCUCAACCUCCUAACACAAAACCAAACCCCUUUAUCCUCCCAAUCAAAAAAGAUCCAUCAACAAAUCUAUUCUAUACAUCAGUUGGCAUAGGAACUCCUAGAAAAGACUUCAAUCUAGCCAUUGAUCUAGCUGGUGAAAAUCUUUGGUAUGAUUGUGACACUCACUACAAUUCAUCAUCCUACAUUCCUAUUGAAUGUGGCUCAAAAAAAUGUCCUGAUGUUGCAUGUAUUGGCUGCAAUGGUCCUUUCAAACCAGGUUGCACAAACAACACAUGUGCAGCUAACACAAUCAACACAUUAGCCAAUUUCAUUUUUGGUGGUGGACUUGGUCAAGAUUUCAUUUUUAUUUCACAGCAAAAAGUUUCUGGCUUGCUUAGUAGCUGCAUUGACACUGAUGGAUUUCCAUCAUUCACUGGAAAUGAUUCACCACUUAAUGGAUUACCAAAAAUCACCAAAGGAAUCAUUGGUCUUGCAAGAUCAAAUCUUUCACUACCAACACAACUUGCAUUGAAAAAUGAACUUCCACCCAAGUUUUCUCUUUGUUUACCUUCUUCAAAUAAACAAGGAUUCACUAACUUGCUUGUUGGAUCAAUUGGAAAAGACCCUUUUCAAGAACUCUAUAAAUUUGUUCAAACAACACCAUUAAUUGUUAAUCCUGUUUCAACAGGUGCAGUUUCUGUUCAAGGUGUUCCUUCUAUUGAAUAUUUCAUUGAUGUGAAAGCAAUUAAGAUUGAUGGAAAAGUUGUGAACUUAAAGCCUUCAUUGUUGUCUAUUGACAACAAAGGAAAUGGUGGCACCAAAAUCAGCACAAUGAGUCCUUUCACUGAAUUGCAACGUUCUGUUUACAAGCCUUUCAUUCGUGAUUUUCUUAAGAAAGCUUCAGAUAGAAAACUAAAGAAAGUGGAAUCAGUUGCACCAUUUGAGGCAUGUUUUGAAUCAACCAACAUUGAAAAUUCUUUACCAAGAAUUGAUCUUGUGCUUCAAGGGGGAGUCCAAUGGAGUAUUUAUGGAAAUAAUUUGAUGGUUAAUGUGAAGAAAAAUGUAGCAUGUCUUGGAUUUGUUGAUGGAGGGACAGAGCCAAGAAUGUCUUUUGCAAAAGCUUCAAUUGUUAUUGGUGGACAUCAAUUGGAGGAUAAUCUUUUGGUGUUUGAUUUAAAUUCCUCUAAAUUGAGCUUUAGUUCAUCUCUUUUGGUCCACAAUGCUAGUUGCUCAUAGACCAUUCCUAUUGUUGAAUGGUAUAAGUUUGUUAAGCAUUUAGAUUAGAUUAAUCACAUCAAAUGUUGCAGCUUCUGUUUCUCACUUUAGAGAACUAUAAAUAAAUUAUGUUUGCUUUGUUGUAUGAACUAAAAUUGUUGGUUUGUUCCUGCAUUUCUAGUUAUGAAAAUUGUUAGUUGUGUGUUUUUUUUAUUAAU